AUGGCUUCACCUCCCAAUCCGAUCGGGGUGAGCCCAGGAGGCGAUGUAGAUGCCGCAGAGCGCUUUGUGGUCGGGACGCGAUUUUCUCCCUCGACGCCUGAAGCAAAUGCUCUCUAUGCGGCCGUGGGACAGAGGGGGCAGAGUAUGGCAGCUUCGCCCUACUCGGCUUCUUUCGGGAUUAAGGAUAAUAUGACCCUCGCGGAUAUUCGACGAAAAGCCCAGGAAGAAAAGGAAUAUGGACGUGAUGCCGCGCAUCUGAAAAGAUACAGACAUCUCAAUUAUACUUCGGAGACGAGCGUUCUUCAGUUCACCGAAAGGAAACUGUCCACGCUGUACUGCGCGGUUUGUGGUGCUCACGCGCUAGUCACCGAAGUCGAUUUCCAAAACCUUCCGCGUCGCGGAUCAGACGAUGCCGCCAUACUGGAAUCUUUCAAUAAACUCUAUACUGUCCCGUCGGAGCGCGUCCUGCUGCGAAGGCCUGCAGGUUUGGAAGUGCAGUACAGGAUGGUGUGUCGCGACUGCGGCUUUCCACUUGGAUACCGACCGGUGCCCUUCAACGAACCGACUCGGAUGGUCUACUUUUUCAAAGGCGCGCUCGUGCCGGAACAGAGUCAGGCUGGCGCUUUGCAGCCACGCAAACGAUGA